GGAUGAGGGCGGGAAAGUCCUGGAGGCGCCUACAAGAGCGGCCGCGUCCCGGCUCCGGCAGCAUCCAGCCCCGCCAUGAGGACCAGCGCCGGCUCCUUCAUGCGGUCGCCCUCCGCGCCCCUUGUCUCCGCCGCCGCCUGGCUGCUGGCUCUGCUGUGCCUGGGCCAGGCGGGCUGGGCGCGGGGCUCGCCGCUGCCGGGAGCGGGGCGCCGCCUGCCCGCCUGCCUCCUCGCCUCCGCCGCGCUCGUGGCCGCCGCCAACGAGUCGCUGGCACAGCUGCAGGGUCUUGGCACACUAGGAUUUGAAUGUACCCUUGAAGAGGUUGAUCUUGAAGAUAUCACUAAGAAUCAAAUCAACACAAUAAAAGCUUGUAUACCAGAGGCUUCAGAGAAUGGAAAUUGUCAAGUACUGGAAAAAGCUGAUUUUGAUGAGACUAAAUGCCUGAAAGGUAUCUCUGAAGACCUGAAGCUAUACAAGGGAGAGUUCAGGAGUUUCAGUAAUCAAAAGAUACUGGAUGCUAUUGACCAAAUGAUGCAGGCUUUGAAUAUCAACAGCGCGAGUGUGCCACAACCAGCUUCCAACACAGGAUUGCCUUCUUUUAACGAUAGAUUGAGGCUAUGCAGUGUUCUCCAGGCUUUCCUUAUUCGCGCUAUGACCAUAAACAGAAUGAUGAACUACUUGAAUUCUCCUGAAAACUCAUCAUAAGCACUGAGAGCUAGAUGCACUUUCUCUAUUUAUAUUUGAGUAAAGCUUUUUUUAAGUAUCAGGGUGGGG